AUGUCCGAUCCCACAAGCAAGUAUGGAGUCUUGUUUCACACCAGCCUUGUGUCCGCAAGACCUCACGCGUCCAACGAAUGUCGAACGUCAACCAUAAGACCUAGCAAGCCGCAGUACAGGCUAAUUGAAGACGUCGAAGACCUGCACAGAUACUGCCCUGGAGGAUACCAUCCUCUAGAGAUUGGAGACGAACUAAACAAGGGUCGAUAUCGACUGGUCGACAAACUCGGGUAUGGAGGAUACUCGACUAUAUGGCUAGGCCAAGACCUACACCGGGCCAGAUACGUGGCAGUGAAAGCCAUUACCGCUGAUGCUAGCACCUCUACACCUGAGGCUAGUCUUCUAUCAUCUCUUGGAAACUCGCAGCAACCUGGUUCGGGACAUGAGAUCAUCCCACGACUCUUGGAUGAGUUCUGGAUUGCCGGGCCCAAUGGGAAGCAUAGAUGCAUAGUUACUCCGUCGGCACGUAUGAGCUUGUUUGAUGCCAAAGAGGCAUCGACGUUUGGUCUUUUUCACCCGGAUGUUGCGCGAUCAAUCGUUGCUCGGCUUAUUCGUGGGGUCACGUUCCUUCAUAGCCAGGAUAUUGUACAUGGCGACCUCCAUCUCGGCAACAUCCUAGUCCAAUUCCCUGGGGAAGUGAUCGAUACCCUUUCCACCGCAGAGCUAUACAAGAAAUUCGGCGAGCCAUAUUCCGAAGCCGUCAUUCGUCUCGACGGCAAGCCAUUAUCACUAUCAAAUAACAUACCCGCACGCGUGUUCAUCCCCAGCUGGUACGGCGUUCACAGUGACGAUAUAAUUCUCGGGGAAGAGAAGAUCCUCCUCAGCGAUUUCGGAGAAUCGUUCAACCCACACGAAACAGCCAGAUUCUCUUCGAAGACUCUUCCUCUCCUUCAGCCACCCGAAGCUAGAUUCUCUAACGAGCCGCUCUCCUUCCCCUCGGAUAUUUGGACACUUGCCUGUGCCAUCUGGGAGGUCUUCGGCCAGCGGCCUCUAUUCGAGGCCUUUUUCGCUACUCCUGACCGUGUGACCGCUGAGCAAGUAGAAACCCUUGGUGUUUUACCUCCUGAGUGGUGGGAGAAGUGGAGCGGACGACGCGAAUGGUUUGAUGAAGAAGAGGGUGAGCUGGAUUUGAAGAAAAGGUCUAGGGGUCCGGAUGGUGUGCGUAUGUCCUGGGAUCAGAGGUUCGAGAACUGUAUACAGGAGCCUCGGGCUCAGGCGGGCCUAGAAUUUGUGUCGGAGACUGAGAGGAGGGCGUUCAGGGCGAUGCUUCUGUCGAUGUUGGCCUUCAGGCCGAAUGAAAGAGCGACAGCACAGCAGGUUUUGUCCUCGGAUUGGAUGAGGGAUUGGGGACAACCGGCUCUCGAUAGAGCUGGAGGACGUUAG